GAUUGGUCCUUCAAAGGAAGUAUUAUUUUUUAAGCCAGUAGGUGCGCCACACCCACCCAUGUCUCUUCAGUCUGCGCCUCUCAACGCACGGCAUAACUCCCCGCCUCGACUCACGCGCAGCAGCAGCGGGACCCCCACGUCACCUGCGCUAGAUGCAGCGGCGCGUGCUAUCCAGUCGUGGCAUCGAGGCCGGUGUGCGUGCCACGCUGCCAAUCGACUGCUGAUGUGGCUGCAUCUAUUGCGCCUCACGCACGUCAUGGAAAAUGAGGAGGGAAGCGGACACCCGCAGCGGGCACCCGCACCAUCGGCGACGGCACGCCCACCCACCAGCACCGUCGCCGCCGUCUCGGACGCCAGCGUGGUAGCACAGCUGCUGGAGGCGAGCCGCGAGUACGACGCAGCGAAAAGCGAAGAAAACUACACGCGUCUGUUGCUGCGAGAUGAACUUCUCCGCAGCAGUGCGACGGUGCGCGGCGCGUCGUCAGCGGCAAGGCACCGACUGCACCGGCACCACGCAGCACUGCGUCAUGUCUCGCUGUCCCACCCUCUCGCACAGGCCGCCCUUGAGCAGCACGUCCGCUUUGUGGGCCGCGGGCAGCGCCGAUCACGCCACGUGGCUUCACGUGACUCGCAAGCAGCAGAUGCGCUAGACGUCCUGCGUGAAGUGGAAGCGUUCCUCACGACCCCGCACUUUACCUGGUGGAUGAACACCGUGGCGGCGUCGGGGCCUCUUCGUUGUUCCCCUCCUCCGCCCGACUCGCCCGGCGCGACGUACGUUGACCCUGCGGAGAAGCACGCAGACGCCCUGACCGGCCCCACCCACUCACCGCUACCGCCAGCGGCUCUGCAGACCACUGUAGAACGCCUCAGAGAACAACGUAGCGAAGGCGCAGUUGCAGCGGCGGAGCUCGACACGCUACUGAGCGCGGUGGAGGCGGUGGAGGACGAAGAGGUCACCGCCGCCGCGUACGCGGAGAAGCGCAAGACGGCUGAUGCAGCGGCGUAUGCGGCGGCAAAGCGAGCCACUCUGGCCGGAUGCCCACUUCCAGAUGGUGGCGCGCCCUCGCCCGUCUCUGUCCACCCUACCUCAGGGUGUUCGCCCUCCCCCGCUGCGGUCAACGCGGCUGCGGCCCCCCUCUGCACGGAGGGACAACUGGAAGAUGUCGAUUUAGUGAUGCAGCCGGUCUUGGGCGGUGGUGUGCGCCUUGCACGGCUGCAUCCCAACACAACAACGGAUGGGGACGCGCCCGACUGCCUGACCUGUGUCGUCUGUGAGCUGGAGGGUGUGUUGACAGCGGACGACGUGCGAACGGAAGACAGGUAUGAUGUGUUGGUGGCCUGUGCGACGUGCGGGGCUCUGGUGCACCAAUGCUGCGCCUGCACAGGAGAGGCGUGCGGCGAAGCGAGGAACUUCUGCUGCCGCCACUGUUUGCACCGCGCAGAGUAG